GACUUCAGUGAAGUCUCUGGAGGUCACUUGCAGUGUCUGAAGUUGAUUUCCACUUUUAAUCAGAGCUCCGCAAAGUUAACAGAGGUGGAAAUGGUGAUGGCUUCUGAACCUUGCUCCCAGUUGCUGCAAGGAUUAAAGAACAUCAUUAACCAGGUAGUGCACAGUGCUUUAAGUAGACAAAGACACACAGGUCACAUCACAGAGAGCACUGAAUCAUCACAGAGUCAUCAUCCACAGAGAACACCAUGCGCACAUCUCACGAUGAAACGAAUAAAGGAUUCCCCAGAUCUCAAAACCAAAUUUAUUGGAUUAAAAGGGAAGCCAAUAACAUCCUGGGAGGAAAAAAUAGGUAUAGCACACACAAUAGAAAUGUCACACAACCAAGGCUUACUGAAAAUCAAGCACCAUGGCCUGUACUACAUCUAUGCCCAGAUCCUAUUUCGAUAUCAUGCAGAAAAUCCAAUAAGCACAGAAGAGUAUCAGUUAGUUCAAUACGUCUACUGGAAAACAGCCAACUACCGCAAACCACAUUUGAUCUUGAAGGGUGCCGGCACCUGGUGCUCUGGAAACCAUAACUUGUACUCUGUUUAUCUGGGAGGGGUAUUCAAUCUGCACCGAGGCGAUGAAAUAUUUGUGACUGUAUCGAAUAUCUCAUUAGUAGAUGCCGAUGAGACAUCCAGUUACUUGGGAGCAUUCAAACUGAAUUAAGUUGAGUGCUUUUUGUGCAUCGUGGCACUUUUACCAGAUCUUCAUAUACGUUAUGGUAUACAAUAUAAUACAGUAAACUUUCCACUUAAACAGCAUGUCAGGAGGACAUCUCGCUUGGCUGGGCAUCCAUGCUCUCUGUCGUAUAAGAUCUCGCUUACACUGUCCACCCCUUUUAUAGUGUGUACAGUUAAACUAUCUUGUUUGCUACUUUUGAAUACAAUGCAAUACAAAAUUAUAUUUGUAUAUCGUCU